AAUAAAUUAAUAAAAAAAUCCCAAACGCCGAGACCAAUUAUCUAUCAACAUCUAUUACAUCUCAUGAUACCGGCGAUACCAAAUCAGAACAACAAACAAAUUCGCCGAUACACCGGCAGCAACAAAAAACCGGUAAACAGAGAGAUAGAUGUUCACUAAAUCUCCGGCGAAGUCAAAGAGCAGCUGAGCUCGGAGUUCUGUACGCUGUAUUGUAUGUAAGUAAUCAUAAUCAUUUUCAAUAAUUUCUCGAAGUUGCUGCUUUCAAUCAGUAAUCAGAAUCUGAAUUAGUGUUCGGAAUUUCAAUUAGGUUGAAAUUUUUAGGAAAUUGUAAUGGAGUUGGGAUUUAGGUUAUAAAAAAUGGAGGGAAAAUUAGGGCAGAAUUGUAAGACUAGUAGUGGUAGUGUUGAUGGAUUUUUGGAUGCUAAUGUUGUUAGUUCGGAGGAUUUUGAAACUCUAUUGUUUUUCCUUAAUUCUUCAUCUGCUAGUACUAGUACUGUUUGUACACCAACACCUACUAUAAAUCAAUCUUCGUCGGCUACUCGUCUUUGUAAUGUUGUUGAAGAGGAUCAGGAAUGUAUAUCUAUACUCCACGGUAUUCAGACUGACUUAAAUAAUGGAAAAAAAAAUAACACGAAUAAGAUAGUUUAUGAUAAUGGGAUGGCGAAUCGGUCGUUGUUGCCGAAGGAGGACGGUGAUUUGCGAUUACGUAAGGAGGAGGAGAUAAAUAGUUUGAAGCUGCGGAAGGAGCGAGAAGAGCGGAAUGAUUUACGGAAGGAGAAGGCGGUGGAUAAUUUGCAGGACUGUAGAGUUGGUAAUUCGACGGAAACUGUCAUUCAGCCUGAGUUAAUAAUGCUCACUCAUCACCUUGAGAAAAUGAUUCAGGAAUUGGAUAAUGAUUCGCGAUCGGCUAAACCUUCUCAUUCUGUUGCCUCUGAUGCUGAGAUACGUGUUGCUGGUUCGGAAGAAGAAAAAAGAGGAGGGAUAGAUGUUAAUGUAGCGUAUAUGCAUGAUGAUGAACCUAAGUCACCUCGUGCCAGUGAUGCCACACCUGCUGCGAUAGGUGUUGUUGAUGGGGAGGAUGAUAAAGGAGGAGGAGAUGCUAAUGGCAUGGUUGAAACUAAUGCUAAUGUCCUGGAUAACAGUAAAGGCAAGCGGAAACGUGGAAGACCAGGAAAAACAAGGCCAAUUCCUGUGCAGCAAUAUAACAGCAAUGAAGAGGAAGAUGUUUGUUUUAUUUGUUUCGAUGGUGGAAGCCUUGUGCUUUGUGAUCGACGGGGUUGCCCUAAGGCAUAUCAUCCAGCUUGUGUGAAGAGGGAUGAAUCAUUCUUUCAAUCAAAGUUAAAAUGGAACUGUGGUUGGCAUAUCUGUAGAAACUGUCAGAAGGUGUCACAUUACAUGUGCCUUACUUGUACAUACUCCUUAUGCAAGGGAUGCACCAAAGAUGCUGAUUUUGUGUGUGUAAGAGGAAAUAAAGGAUUUUGUAUAACAUGCAUGAAAACCAUAAUGCUGAUUGAAAAUAUUACACCGGGAAAUACAGAAAGUGUCCAGGUGGAUUUUGAUGACAAAACUAGCUGGGAAUAUCUCUUUAAAUACUACUGGAUCGACUUAAAAGCUAAGAUGUCUUUAACAAUAGAUGAAUUAACUAAAGCUAAAAAUCUAUGGAAAGGAAAUGAACUACCUAAAGCUAAGAGUUCUGGUAAAGAGAUUGGAAGCACAGUUUUUCCUAAGGAGGUAUCCUUCGGUGAGCUUAAUCAUGUUGAUGAAGAAAAAGACCCUUCUUUAGAAAAAGGUCGAAAUGUGGAGAAAGAGAUAUCUUUGACUGAAGCCACAAUGUGGGCAACAAAGGAGCUCUUAGAGUUUGUCGCUCACAUGAAAAAUGGGGACACUUCUUUGGUAUCUCAGUUUGAUGUCCAGAUUCUUUUAGUAGAAUACAUAAAAUUAAAUAACCUUCGGGAUCCUCGCCAGAAAAGUCAAAUUAUUUGUGAUUCAAGACUCAAAAACCUGUUUGGAAGACCACGUCUAGGGCACUUUGAAAUGCUGAGGCUUCUUGAAAACCACUUUCUUCUUAGAGAAAAGCCUCUAGCUGAUGACAGUAGUGGAGCAAAAGUUUUUGAUGCUGUCGGUUGUAAAGAAGACGACGCUGGAACUAGUGAUAGUCGUAAUGAUAGAAGAUGUAAAGCAUUUAAGAUGAUGGAGGGGACAAGGUCGCACAUAAGUCUUAAUUCAGAAGUGUAUGCAGCAAUUGAUGUUCAUAACAUUAACUUGCUGUAUUUAAAGCGUAGUUUGAUAGAGAAUUUAAUGGAUGAUAGUGAGAAGUUUCAUGAAACGGUUGUUGGGUCAUUUGUGCGAAUUAGGAUUUUGGGCGGUGAUCAAAAGCAAAACAUGUAUAGGCUUGUGCCAGUUGUAGGUACUAGCAGGGCGGGUCAAUCAUAUGGAGUUGGCACUAGAACAACUGAUGUCAUGCUUGAAAUAUUAAAUUUGAACAAGACGGAGACUGUAUCAAUCGAGGGAGUUUCAAAUCAGGAUAUUUCAGAAGAUGAAUGCAGACGUCUACGGCAGAGUAUAAAUUGUGGACUUUUCAAACGUUUUAAAGUGGGUGAGAUUCAGGAGAAAGCAAUGGCGCUUCAACCUGUCAAAGUCAAUGAUUGGCUGCAGACGGAGAUAGCAAGGCUUAAUCAUCUUCGCGAUCGAGCUAGUGAAAAUGGACGUAUGAAGGAGCUCAGAGAAUAUGUUGAGAAAUUAGAUUUUCUGAAGUCGCCAAAAGAAAUUCAGCGCAGACUAGGCGAGAUUCCUGAUGUACAUAUUGACGUAAAAAUGGAUUUGAAUUUGGAAUCUGAAGAAGAUGCUGGAAAAUCAGAUGUGAUAAAGCAAGGUAACCAUGUCGGACCAAGAAUUACUGGUUUUGGCAGAAAGCUUGUAGAGCGCAAAAUUUCAUCAAGAGAAGCCGAUCAAAAUAAUGUAGCAAACAAGGAACUUUGCGUGGAUACGGAGUCUAAGAAGAGUUCCGAACAGGGAGCCGUUGGGAUAAGUAAUCAGAAUGCAAUAAAGAGCCUUACGGGUUUAGUAACUAGCAAUCGGAAUGGUAAAGCAACAUUCCGGUCUGAACAGCAUCCCGUGAUUGUAUCCACUGCUAUACCAUUGCCACUUUCCUCGGGGAGAGAGGUCCUGCUUUAUGAUAAUGAUCGGAAUGGUAAAGCAACAUUCCAAUCAGAACAUCCCGUGAUUGUAUCCGCUGCUGUACCUUUGCCACUUUCCUUGGGGAGAGAGGUUCCGCUUUGUGAUCUUGAGGCAGAAAAAAUAUGGCUUUAUGAAGAUCCAUCUGGAAAAGUUCAGGGGCCAUUUUCUAUUAUUCAUUUGAGUAAAUGGAAUUCAAACGGGUUUUUCCCGCCACAUUUUAGAGUGUGGAGGAUAAACGAGAAGCAAGACGGCUCCGUUCUUUUGACUGAUGUAUUGGAAGGCCGGUUUCCAGGAAGGCUGUAACAAUUUUCCGAAGAAAAAAACUACAGCUGACAUGCGAUUCCAGAAAAUCCAGACGCUAAAAAUGUUCGAACAUAAUCAUGGACCGAGGUGAUGGGAUUAUCAUACAUUGCAAAAAUUCCCGAUUUAGGCUCCAUAUAUUGGCAGAAAAUCAUUGUCGGAAAAUAUUUUUUGAGUUUUUCCGGUGAGCUAUGUCAAAAAGCCAUUGUAAUAUUUAUUUUUUCCCCAAUCAGUGGAAAUAUGUUUGCCACGUGUCAAUUAGUCAUGUAUUGUAAUUCAUGUACCGUGAGUUGAAAAUAGUGUGAGGCUCAAGUCAAGAGUAUCAUUUUGUUUAGCAACUACUCAUACUGUAACAUUAUUUUUUGUAAAAUUCAGAUAAUUAAUUUUGGACAA